AUGAAUCCAAGUGAGGACAUUUCGGGUGGUGCUAUACGUGAGAAUGAUGUCGUCGUAGGCACAAAACUAGACUUCAGUGCCGAUAUUUCGUAUCUCUUCGUGGGGAAAGUAACGCCAUUGAAGUUGGACGCUGUUCCUCCUCAGUGGGUCAAGAGGGAUUCUCCCGUUGCAUUCCACGAGGAAGGUGCUGUAAAACUCGAGACGUGUCCAUCGGUUGAGGCCACGGGCUUUUGUUCCACUGCGGGGCGGGUCGGAGAGGACGGUGACGCCCCGUUUCCCAAACGAGAGAAUGAAGAUGCCUUGGUGCCGCUGCAAGUUGUUACUUCUAUGAAUUUCGUUGACACGCCAGACGAUAUAGCCAUGUUUUCCCCUUCGAGGGUUGAACAGCUACAAUCCAUGCGUUCCUUGUUAUUGAAUCGUCUUUCGUCUUCGAGCUCGGCGCACGAGAAGGCUGAGGACAGUCUCGUCGACACACUUGUGCGCCUUUGCGAGGAUAAAGUGUACAUGUACGGCUUUUAUGAGCGUGAGGGGACGUUAGGUAUGAAAAGACCGAUUCGUCGAAAACGUGGAAAGACAGACGAAGAUGAACUCACCUCAAAGAAACGAAAUGCCUUGGCGACGUCUGGUGAAGUUCAAAAUGCCGAAGUUGUGUCUUUUUCAUUUGUUCGAUGGGUACACGUCGGUGGGCGGUCGAGCAGUGAGCCCCAGAAGCUGUCAGUUGAUCCUGUAGACUCGUCCUCCAUUCUGGGGCCUGAUGAAAAGCAUACCUUUUCGCGGUACGCACUGAGCAGCGGCAAACUCAGAAAGGAGUGCGCGGAUCCAUAUCAGUUUCUCACAACACGAAUAGCAGAGGUACGCCGCAAGCUGGAGGGGGGGAUGGCUACCGGCAUCAAGGGCGAGGAUGUUAAAAAGGAGGAUGUGUAG